AUGCCUACGCUAGCUAUCCGUCAAGAUCCGUCUAGUACAACCACGAGCAAUACGUCGACUGAGACUUCUCCUAUAUAUAACACCAAUCCUGGGGGCGGUUCCACAACCCUCUAUUUAUUCACAUUCCUGAUAACCAUCCUCGUUCUCGGUCUUAUAUCUUCCGGUCUAUUGAUUCGAGCGUACAUCCUUCGAAGACGAUUUCACAGACGAGUCGAAGAAGCUCUCAGACGUGGAGAGGCUUUACCGCCCGAUGCGGCUGCUGCGCUGGGUCUGAUACCCCGACGGCCUAACGCGAGGAAUAAGAAGGAGAAGAAUCAUGGGUUGAUGCCUACCAUGUGGGAGAGUGAGAUGUGGAGAGAUGAUGAGAAAGCUGGUUUGAGGGGUAUGUCGGACGAAAGAGAUGGAGAAGGUGAAGGUGAGGGGGUGGUAGAUAAAGAGGGAUGGGAUGAAUUGACUCCCCUCUCGAUCCUGCAUUACACGACCUCCGAUCCCACCCUCCCACCUGCCAUCCAACCACCUAUCAACAUGCCGCCACCGCUCACACCCGGAAGUUACUUCAGAUCACUAUGGUCCACUCGAGGCUUGACCACUAUCACGACCACCACCAACACAUCACAAAGACCGGGUCUGACGCAUCGACCAACCUCGAUGUUGAUACCCACGCAGAAACCUGUGUUCAGCGUACCGGACGUAGGGGAGGAUGUAAUGGUGGGAGUGAUGAUCGCCAUGCCAUGUCAGGGAGCUAUGGAAGACAGAUGGAACAUCACGAAAAUUCACGAUGAGGAUGGGGAUGAGACGGGGAGGGAGUUGCCUGAUGUUUGUUUGGGUGUGUUGGGAACUAGAUUGAAAGAAUAG